AUGGCGGCGUCCAGCGGCGCUACGGUGCCGGCGCGGGGCGGCUUCCAGGGGCGCACGGGCCGCGGGAAGCGCGGAGGCGGGCGCGGGCCGCGCAGCGGGCCGGGGGGCGGUGGGGAGGGGCCCCUGAGGCGGCUGGAGCUAGCCGUGGAGGAGUUCGUGCAGGGGACCACGGAGGGCGGGGCCCCCGGCGGCCGCGAGGGGCCCCGCGGUGCGGGCCGCGCGCGCCCCGGCGGGAGGAAAAGCCGCCGGGAGCUGAGGAGGGAGAAGCGGCAUCUGAGAAAGGCGCGCCGGCUCCAGAGGGCGGCAGGCCCCGCGCAGGACCCCCGCCCGGGCGGGGAAGCCAGCGACCCCCGGGCGGGGGCAGCGCGGGAGGGGGCGGGCCGGCUGUCCGCGGGGCUGCGGCGCCCCCCGGCUCCGCCCGAGGCCGCCCCGGCCCGGACCCGGGCCCCCGCCGCCGCCGCCGCCGCCCGGAAGCGGGCGCUCCUGGCGGCCAACGAGGCGGAGGACCGCGAGAUCCGGAAGCUGGAGCGGCGCCUCGGCUUGAACAAGCGCAGGAAGAAGGGCGACGGCAGGAGCUCCGUGCCGCUCAGCUUUGCCCGCGACGGGCUCGACUAUGUCCUGGGGGCCCUGGGCUCUGGGGAAAGUAGUGGCUUGUAUGAAAGCGGCAGCGAGGCGGAGGAGGGCGCGGGCCCCACACCCCCCGGAAGUGAGCUGGACACUGACGCUGAGGACGGAUGGGAGGAGCAGGACCUGGAGCCGGGCAGCGGGCAGGCGGCCGAGGAUGCGUGCAGCGAGGAGGAGGAGGAGGAGGAGGACCAGGACGAUGCCGAAGAGGAGGCGCGCGGAGCCCAGGGCACAGCCAAGGAGGAAGGAGGCAGAAAGAGGGUCCGUUUUGCAGAAGAUGGAGAGAGGAGUGAAAACCCCUCGGAGGCUGCGCGUACAGACGGUCAGCAGAAUCUUGGUGAAAAUGGUGGAAAGUACGUCCCACCUCAUGUGAGGCGAGUGGAGGAGACAGAGGACGCCCAGAAAAAGGAAGAGCUGGAAAGGCUCAAGAAACAGGUCAAAGGUCUGGUCAACAGGAGAGCGUCCUAUCUCUUUGUCUUUCCACCUGUGUACAGGCUGAGCGAGCCGAACCUGGCCUCCAUCAGCAGCCAGCUGGAGGAGCUGUACAUGGGCCACAGCCGGAAGGACAUGAACGCCACGCUGACCGCCGUCGUGCUGAGCGCCUGUGCCCCGGACACGGCCAUGCCUGCCCGGCUGCUCAUGGAGCACGUCCUCCUGGUCAGCGUCCUGCACCGCACGGUCGGCCUCGAGGUGGGCGCCCACUUUCUGGAGGCGGUGGUGAGGAGGUUUGACACCGUGUAUAAGAGCGGGCAAGACGGGAAGGAGUGUGACAACCUGUUCACCAUCAUCGCCCAUCUGUACAAUUUCCACGUGGUGCAGUCUCUCCUCAUCUUUGACGUUUUGAGGAAACUUGUUGAAAGUUUCUCGGAAAAAGAUAUUGAGCUGAUCCUGUUAAUGCUGAAGACCGUGGGCUUUUCACUAAGGAAGGACGAUGCUCUGUCCCUGAAGGAGCUGAUCACGGAGACUCAGGCCAAAGCCAGUGGAGCAGGUGGCAGGUUCCGGGACCAGACCAGGGUCCGCUUCAUGCUGGAGACGCUGCUGGCCCUGAAGAACAACGAUGUGCGGAAGAUUCCAGGCUACGACCCUGAGCCCGUGGAGAGGCUGCGGAAGCUGCAGAGAGGCCUGGUGCGUGGCGCCGGCGCGGGAACAGACCCCGAGCUCCGAGUGUCCUGGGACAGCGUCCUGAACGCCGAGCGCGCCGGGCGCUGGUGGAUCGUGGGGUCCGCCUGGAGCGGCGCCCCGAUGGUGGACGGCGGUCCGAAGAAGCCGCUCACAGGGACGGUUAGCUCAAAAAUCCUGGAGCUUGCCCGCAAGCAGAGAAUGAACACCGACGUCAGGAGAAACAUAUUCUGCACGGUAAUGACGAGCGAAGACUUUCUGGAUGCGUUCGAGAAGCUCCUGAAGCUGGGGCUUAAGGAUCAGCAGGAGAGAGAGAUCGUUCACGUCCUGGUGGACUGCUGUCUGCAGGAGAAGACCUACAACCCUUUCUACGCUUUCCUGGCCGGCAAGUUCUGUGCCUACGAGCGGAGGUUCCAGAUGACAUUCCAGUUCAGCAUAUGGGACAAAUUUCGGGACCUAGAAAAUUUGCCAGCCACGAAUUUUGCUAAUUUGGUUCAUCUGGUGGCCCACUUGCUGAAGACGAAGUCACUGCCACUUUCCCUCUUAAAGGUUGUGGAAUUCAGUGAACUGGACAAACCCAGAGUCCACUUCUUACGAAAAGUGUUACAUAUACUGCUAAUGGAAACAGAAGUUGAAGACCUUGGUUUGAUUUUUGCAAGGGUGUCGGACAAGCCAGCGCUGGGCCUGCUGCGUGAGGGCCUGAAGCUCUUCAUCAGCCACUUCCUGCUGAGGGGCGCCCCAGAGGCCGGCGCCCUGCGGGAGCGGGCCGAGCUGUGCACCCAGGCCCUGCAGGGGCGGGGGUCCCUCAGGAUGUAG